AAUUCUCCAUGCAAUACUGGAGUAGGUUGCCACUUCCUUCUCCAUUUUCUUCUACAGUAGCCUAGGUGGAGGAUGAAGGAAGACAGGACCAGGGUGGGGGCUGAGAAUGGGACGCAGAGUGAGCAGAACAGAAAGUGGGUGGGGUCAGGAAGAUUUGCUAAUGGACAAGGCAUGGGGGAGAGAGAAAGAGACAGAGGUGAACCCCCAGGGGCAGUGGAGGUUCUCUUCUCUAGUGGAGAGAAACGAGAUCGAGACCAGCACACAAACCAGAAACACGGGCUGGAGGAGACAGGGACAUAGAUUCAGAGCUGCAGCAGCAGGCAGUCACGUGGCAGAUGCAGAAGGACCCCACCGAGAGACGCCAGGGGAGGCUCAUACGGGCUGCCCCUGCUCACCUGCCUCCUCCCGCCAGGUGAUCGACUUUGGCUCGGCCAGCAUAUUCAGCGAGGUGCGUUACGUCAAGGAACCCUACAUCCAGUCCCGCUUCUACCGGGCCCCCGAGAUUCUGCUGGGGCUGCCCUUCUGCGAGAAGGUGGACAUGUGGUCCCUGGGCUGCAUCAUGGCUGAGCUGCACCUGGGCUGGCCCCUCUACCCAGGCAACAACGAGUAUGACCAGGUGCGUUACAUCUGUGAGACGCAGGGCCUGCCCAAGCCCCACCUGCUGCAUGCCGCCCGCAAGGCCCACCACUUCUUCAAGCGCAACCCGCACCCCGACGCCGCCAACCCCUGGCAGUUGAAAUCCUCAGCUGACUACCUGGCUGAGACCAAGGUGCGCCCACUGGAGCGCCGUAAGUACAUGCUUAAGUCGCUGGACCAGAUUGAGACGGUGAACGGUGUCGGGGUGGCCAGUCGGCUGACCUUCCCGGACCGAGAGGUGCUGGCGGAGCACACCGAUCUCAAGAGCAUGGUGGAGCUGAUCAAGCGCAUGCUGACCUGGGAGUCGCAUGAACGGAUCAGCCCCAGCGCCGCCCUGUGCCACCCCUUUGUGUCCAUGCAGCAGCUGCGCAGUGCCCACGAGACCACCCGCUAUUACCAGCUCUCUCUGCGCAGCUGCCGCUUGUCCCUGCAGGUGGAGGGAAAGGCACCCACGUCGGUCUUGGCCGCCGCGGAAGACGGGCCCCCCUACUACCGUCUGGCCGAGGAGGAGGCGGCCAUGGGCCUGGGCAGCACAGGGGGCAGUGGGCCCUUCUUCCGAGAGGAGAAGGCCCCCGGCAUGCAGAGGGCCAUCGAUCAGCUGGACGACCUGAGCCUGCAGGAGGCGGGGCGUGGGCUCUGGGGCGAGACCCGGGCCGACGUGAUCCCCGACGCGCUGGCCCCGCUCAAGGCUGCCGCCGUGGGCCGCCGGCUGCCCGAGUCCAGCCCCGAGCCCAUUCUGGCCUUCUACGGCAGCCGCCUGGUGGGCCGCCACAAGAUCCGCAAACCACCUGCAGGCUCCAAGUCUGACUCCAACUUCAGCAACCUGAUCCGGCUGAGCCAGGCCUCACCUGAGGAUGACACCCCACACAGGGCCAGUGGCUGGGCGGAAGGAGAGCGCCUUGGGGCCUCUGCUGAGCCGCCUGUCAUCCCGCAGCGCGACGGGGAUGGGCCAGACAUCAAAGACAUGACCAUGGAUGCUGAGAGUCCAGGCCCUGAGCUCUUCGACCCCAACAGCUGUCCUGGGGAAUGGCUGAGUGAGCCAGACUGGACCCUGGAGGGCCUCAGGGGGCCGCGGGCUCAGGGGCUCCCCCCACGCCACACCCACCCACAUGGUCCACCCCGGGCCACCAGCUUUCUGCAGCACGUUGGCGGGCACCACUGAUGGGUGACCCCACCCCUGCCCAUCGCUGGGGGCUGCGCUGAUGGGGCUGGCAACCCCCUCCUCAGAGCCAUCCCCUGAACCGACAGAUUAUUCUUAUAGAAAGAUAGUUAUCCAGAAAUUCCCCAUUCCCUCCCCCUCUGCCCACGGUGCAUGUCUGCAUACACACCCCAAACAGAAGGGUUUGUGGCCUCCUGGGCCAGAGGGAUGCAAGAAGGGGGGGCUGCACCCCACUGGCCCUGAGCAUGCCCUUGGCCCUACUGCCUCUGUUUAUUUCAAUAAAGAACUGUUCAGCAGUACCGCC